GCCGGGUCCCCCGAUCUAAAGCCGGGUCCCCCGCGAGUUUUUAAAUUCGAGGUUUGGCCACGCCCAGUUCGAGGCAGGACCCCGCCCACCGUCCUGGGAGUCCCCGGUGUAGCGCUUGAGCAAACUUAAGUCUCUGGAGGAAGUAGGUGGUAUUGUCACCAUCGGGUGGCACCGUUCUAGCUGCCUCUCCCCUGCCGUUUCGAGGACUUCCCUGGACCACAGUCUUUGGCCGGAUCCCUUCAGGUCCCAGCCCAGCAUGGCCCCUCCAGGCCACCUCCUGUUCCUGCUUCUGCUCCCAGUGGCGGCAAGUCAGACGCCAGCAGGUUCCUGCUCCGGAUGUGGGCCUCUGUCCCUGCCGCUCCUGGCAGGCCUGGUGGCUGCAGACGCGGUGCUGUCGCUCCUGAUCGUGGGGGCGGUGUUUGUGUGUAUGCGCUCACUCGGCAAGCCCGCCCAAGAAGACGGCAGAGUCUACAUCAACAUGCCUGGCAGACGCUGACCUCAUCCUUGGCUUCCGACCUCUCACCCCGGAUCGUGUAGGGGUGGCUGGGGACACGCUCCUUCGGAACUGGAAUAAAGCGACACAAAUA